GUUACUUGUAAGUUGUAAGGUGUUUGACAUAGGCUGAUAGGCAUAGGCAUAGGCAUUGGGGGUGAAGAUGGUGCAACAGCAAGAGGAGAGCAUGAGCAGAGGGGUGAUGGUGGAGUGCAACAGCAACAGCAACAGCAACAGCAACAGCAACAGCGUGUGCAACUGCAAGCACUCUCCAUCUGCCACAUUGGACCUUCUCAUCAUGCUUCUCGUCCUCUUCUCAGGAGCAUUCCUCCUCUCCUCCUAUCUCUGCUACAUCUUCAACGCCCUCACCCUCCUCCUCCCUUCCCUCACGCUGCCCCUCGCCUACCUCCUCCCCUUCCUCCUCUUCCUCCUCCUCCUCGCCCUCUGCUGCGCCGCCCGAUCCCGCCGCUGCCAGCGCUCCGGCUGCAAGGGCCUCAAGAAGGCCAUGGAGUUCGAUUUGCAGAUUCACCGCUUCGCCUCCCCCCACGAAUUCGACAAGCUCCCCUGGAAGGGCGGCACUCAGGCCAACCCCGACUACGACUGCCUCCGCCAAGAGCUCCGCAAGAUGGCUCCCCCUAACGGCCGCGCCCUCCUCCUCUUCCGCGCCCCCUGCGGCUGCCCCAUCGCCAAACUCGAGGCCUCCGGUCCCAGAAAGCCCAAGCGCCACAAGAGGACCCCACCCAGUGCGACCCUUAAUGGAGGAGAUCAUCGUUGAUUGACUCUGAUGUUUUCACCGCUGGUAUCUCAUUUAUAUCAUUCUCAUGGUCCUUAUUCACUGGAAAACUUCUGAUCAGAACCAUUUUUCUUAAGAAAGAAAAUUGCAAUCUGGUUUUAACAAUCCUUCCUUAUCGCUGCACUAUCUAAUAGUCUAUAAACUUUGGAAGGAUCGUACAGAAUUAACUGCAAUAAAUAUGUGAUUCAUCGGCGACCCAAUUUAUUAA